AUGGGAAAAAUCCAUAGGGAAAAAGGCCUUCACCAUUCUGCAGCUGAUCUAUCUGUCAUCCACCACUCUCUUACAUCCAUCAGGCUGACUUGGCAUGCUACGCGCUGCAGCUGGGCUGCUGUAGCACUACAGAUCCUGACCAGAAGGAGAUUUCCCCGGUCAGCCAAGAUGUCUUCAGCAUGCCGUCCCAAAGCACAGACCCAGGCACUGGAGUUUCCCUCUGAAACUGAGGUGGAGAGCCACUCUGAAACUGCUGCAGAGGAAGCUCUACUACUUCACUGCUCCAGUACUUGCACUAGCUCUGGUGCAUCAGACUCAGUUUUUGGAUGUUUGCCAAUCGAUGUUCAAAUACUUGAUCUGCAAAAUAACCAAAUCAGAAUGGUCCCCAAAGACAUUAAUGAACUGAAAGCUUUGAAAGAGCUAAAUAUUGCAUUUAACAGGUUAACUGAGCUGCCUGGAUGUAGUCAUUAUAGGGGUCUGGAAUUACUGAAUAUAGAAGAGAAUUCAAUUCUCACCCCAUCAUCUGACUUCUUCCAUAGCUGUCAAAAUAUCAGAGAGCUCAGAGGAGGACACAAUCCAUUCCAAUGUUCUUGUGAAUUACGAGACUUUGUUAAUUUUGAAAAAAAAUCAGGCGGAAGGUUGGUUGGCUGGCCAGAAUCUUAUGUGUGCGAAUAUCCAGACGGCUUAAAGGGAACCCAGCUAAAGGACUUUCAGUUGUCUGAACUAUCUUGCAAUACAACUCUCUUGCUUGUUGUAGCUCUAGUUGUUACAGUGGUGGUAGUGGCUGUGACAUCCUUUCUGUGUAUCUAUUUUGACAUAAUGUGGUAUUUGAAGAUGAUGUGGCAGUGGACGCAAACAAAACGUAGGGUUCGGAAGAGUCACCCUGAAGAUCUGCAAAGCAUUUUACAGUUUCAUGCUUUUAUUUCAUACAGCGAACGGGAUUCCCUCUGGGUGAAGAAUCAUCUGAUCCCAAACCUGGAGAAGGAAGAUGGGUCUGUACAGAUCUGUCUUAGGCUAUCAUUUUUUUUCAUUCCUGGCAAAAGCAUAGUUGAGAACAUUAUAAACUGCAUUGAGAAAAGCCACAAAUCAAUCUUUGUUUUGUCUCCCAAUUUUGUCCAGAGUGAAUGGUGCCACUAUGAGCUUUACUUUGCCCAUCACAAAUUAUUUAGUGAAAGUUCCAAUAGCUUAAUCCUCAUUUUACUGGAACCAAUCCCGCAGUAUCUCAUUCCUGCCAGAUAUCACAAGCUGAAAGCUCUCAUGGCAAAGAGAACAUACUUGGAGUGGCCAAAGGAGAAAAGCAAACAUGGGCUUUUCUGGGCUAACCUUAAGGCGGCUAUUAACACUAACCUGCCAGUGUCCACUGAAAUGAUUGUGGUGUAGACCACAAGAUAAUUUACCAAUUCUUGGAUUUUAUCUGUGUUAAUUUUGCUUAUAAUGCAACUAGAUGUGUAAGAAACUCAACUGAUUUACUAUGGAAUUACACGGUGUUAACCAAAUCACCAUCUUGCUCAUAGUAUUCAUGAUUGUGUACCCAAAAAUACAUGUAAUAAAUGCAGAAAUUAUUUUCAUUUCAA